AUGGCAGUCGUUUCUCAUUUCCGCUGUUGUUUCACUGAUCCUGGUUCCGUUCCUUCCUCUGCAGUGUGUCUUUCCAAUGCUAGCGACGAAGAAGAACUCCGUUUCUGUUCAUACUGUAAUAGUUUUAAACCCCCUCGAGCCCAUCACUGCAGUCAGUGUAAACGGUGCAUUAUUCGGAUGGACCAUCAUUGUCCCUGGACAAACAACUGUAUCGGUUAUCGGAAUAUGAAAUAUUUUAUUCUGUUUCUGGGAUAUGUAGUUGCAAUGUGUGUGUUUAUGUUAUUAAUGGAUUUUUUCCGAUUCUUUUACAUUUUGAAACACCUUGAAGAGGAGCCACGAUUCUACAUCCUUUGUACAGUGUUCACGAUGAGUUUAUCUUGCAUUUUCGUUGGUUUUGCUGGGUCGAUGCUUAGCGAAACGCUUCAAUCCAUUCGAUCCAACACGACAACGAUUGAUCGGCUUCAGGGAAUGGUGUAUAGAGCCACUAAAAAUCCGUUUGCCGCAUAUUUUGGAGGCGAUGGAACGUUUUCUGUGGAGUGGUUAGUGCCGGUAGCUCCUCGCUUUUUGCAGGAGGAAGAACUUCGAGGAUACCGAUUAGGGGAAGUGUGUUUUGUUUGUUCUAUAUAUAUUUUUUAUAUUUGGGUGAAUGAUGGAAUAUGA